AUGAAUAAAAAAUUCAUCAUUUUGAGUAUUAUCAUGCUCAUGCCUCUCUGUUUGGCUCAAGAUAUAAGUGUAGAAAAACUUCUUGCUUAUAAUAAAUGGUCAAGCUAAAAUCAAAGAGCCUAUCUGAAUGAAGAUGAAAAACUGUAUAGACAAAUAGUUUUCUUUGAAAAUUUGUAAAAAAUUAAGGAGCAUAACAGUAACCCUAAUAACACCUAUUCUAUCCAUUUAAACUAAUUCUCAGAUAUGACUAGAGAAGAAUUUGCAGAAAAAAUUCUUAUGAAAUAGGAUUUGAUUAACGAUUAUAUGAAGGGAAUUGGUUAAUAGGCUACUCACAAUAAUGCUAAUAACGAAACUUAAAUGAAUUCAUAAAACCAUACUUUAGCUGCUUCUAUAGAUUGGAGAACAAAAGGUGCUGUAACAUCGGUUAAGGAUUAAGGUUAAUGUGGUUCAUGCUGGAGUUUCUCUGCAGCUGCCUUAAUGGAGUCAUUUAACUUCAUUUAAAACAAAGCUUUAGUUAAUUUUUCUGAGUAAUAACUUGUUGAUUGUGUGACCCCUGAAAAUGGUUACCCCUCUUAUGGAUGUAAAGGAGGAUGGCCUGCUACUUGUCUGGAUUAUGCCUCCAAAGUAGGUAUCACAACACUAGACAAGUAUCCCUAUGUUGCAGUACAGAAAAAUUGUACUGUGACAGGUACAAAUAAUGGCUUUAAGCUUAAAAAGUGGAUUGUAAUUCCUAACACUUCAAACGACUUAAAAAGUGCUUUAAAUUUCUCUCCUGUUUCUGUUCUUGUUGAUGCUACCAAUUGGGAUUAUUAUUCGUCUGGAAUUUUCAACGGAUGUAAUUAAACUAAUAUUAAUCUUAAUCAUGCUGUAUUAGCUGUAGGCUAUGACGAAAAAGAUAACUGGAUUGUUAAAAAUUCUUGGAGCGCUGGUUGGGGUGAACAUGGAUAUAUUAGACUUGCUCCUAACAAUACAUGUGGUAUCUUAAGCUCUAAUAUAUAAGUUACUGCUUGA